AUGAACUAAUAUAUGGUAGUGAUGACAAAUCAAUAAGUUUUUUAAGUUUAAACUUUUUAAAUAAUUAACUUAAUUAUACAUAUGCUUUAAAAGAACAACAUUAAUACAUACUUGCAUAAAAUUAUAAUUGAUCUGAGACUCCCUUUUUAUCAUGUGGAAUUGAUGCAUCAAAUAAGAAAUAUACUUAAAAGAAGCAGAAUUAGUUUUAUUAAUGAUUAAUAAUUCAUUUGA